AUGCUAACCGGUGCCCCGAGGAUCUGUCUGCCGCUGAGCCUGCUGCUGCUGGUGAUUUUACUGCGGCUGGGCCAGCUCCACGCAGCCCCUUCUGGACCGGAGUCAGAUACCUGCUCGACCUUGGUCCAGAGUCGUUUCUUCGGCUUCUUCUUCUCCUCAUCUGCCUUUCCCAGUACGCCCUGCUCGUGGACCCUCCAGAACCCCGACCCCAGACGCUACACGAUCUUCAUCAAAGUGACCAAGCCCACGGAGAACUGCGUGCCACGGCAGGUCCGUACCUUCCAGUUCGACUCUUUCCUGGAAACCACUCGCACCUUCCUGGGCAUGGAGAGCUUCGACGAGGUGGUAAAGCUAUGCGACUCCACCACCCACAUCGCCUUCGUUGAGGCCGGGAAGCAGUUCUUGCAGAUGCGUAAGGGUUUGCCCAGAGCGGGCACAGUUCCUAAGGACGGAGACGAAGAAUUUAAGGUGGAGUACCUGGUCGUCGGGAAGAGAAACCCCAGCAUGGCGGCUUGUCAGAUGCUGUGCCAAUGGAUGGAGGACUGCCUGACUUACAGCACCUCCAGCAGGCCCUGUGGUAUCAUGCAGACCCCUUGCCAAUGUUGGGAUCCACGGCCACCGGACAAAGAGUCUGACGGAUGCUACAGGGAUGGAGUUUAUUUGGAGAAUUGCCUUCCCAGCACAAGAGAGAUUGCCUCUGACACAGAAACUAGCGGUGGAUGGAGUAGUUGGGGGUCAUGGGCAGAGUGUACCAGUGAGUGUGGAGGCGGAGUUCAGACACGCACUCGUACCUGCCAGUCACCUCCUGAGGAGUCAUACCUGUGUGAGGGAGUCCUGGAGGAGGGUCGGCCGUGUAACUCGCAGCCGUGCAUUGGCAAAGGGCGUCACAACUCUCGCAGCCAAUCGCUACGCUCCGUGGACAGCCGAAAACGCGAGGACCCGGAGAAAACUCGUGGGAUCACCAACAGUGGUGGUGGUGGGGGACAGCAGUCAACCCAGAUUGUGGAAUCUUCCUCGGGCGAGGAGUGGUCGGCGUGGAGCGUGUGCUCGGCCACGUGCGGCGAGGGUUGGCAGAGCCGAACGCGUUUCUGCGUCUCCGUCUCCUAUAGCACUCAGUGCAGUGGCCCGCUGCGUGAACAAAGGCCCUGUAACAACUCCGCUGUCUGUCCAGUGCACGGAACAUGGGAUGAAUGGUCGCCAUGGAGUCUGUGCUCAUCCACCUGCGGCCGUGGUAACCGAGACCGAACACGGACGUGCAAACCACCACAGUUUGGGGGCGACCCCUGUGUGGGUCCAGCGAAACAGAACAAAUUCUGUAACAUUGCAGUGUGCCCAGUGGAUGGAGUGUGGAACGAGUGGUCAAGUUGGAGUUCGUGUUCUGUGUCCUGCUCUAAUGGGACCAUGCAGCGGACGCGGGAGUGUAACGGCCCGUCCUACGGCGGUUCAGAGUGUCGUGGAGACUGGUUGGAAAUGAAAGACUGUUUCCUGCGCGAGUGUCCUGUGGACGGCCGCUGGCAGCCCUGGAGCUCCUGGUCGGGCUGUACCAAAACGUGCGGAGGGGGGACCCAGAAACGGCAGAGGGUGUGUUACGGUCCUCGUUUUGGAGGUGCGCCGUGCCCAGGAGAACAAGAGGAGGUGCGGUCCUGCAAUGAAAAGAGAUGUCCAGAGCCUCAUGAGAUAUGCGAUGAGGAGAAUUUCACAAACGUUGUGUGGAAACGGACUCCUGCGGGUGACACCGCGGCCGUGCGCUGUCCGCCGAACGCUGACGGGCUCAUCCUCCGUCGCUGCUCUUUGGACGAUGAGGGUAUUGCGUACUGGGAGAACCCCACCUACAUGAAAUGCAUCUCUAACGACUACCGGAGUAUCCAAACGCUGACGCGAGAACACCUGUCAAAGGCGCAGAGGGGGCUUGUGGGAGAUGGAGUUUCUGAGGUCAUGACCAAGCUGAGGGUGACAUCCAGCGACGGGACCAGUUACAGCGGGGACCUGCUGGCUAUUGUGGACGUGCUAAAGAACAUGACCGAGAUUUUCAGGCGGUCCUACUACAGUCCCAGCAACGCUGACAUGAGGAAUUUCGUUCAGUCAGUGAGUAAUCUACUGAUGGAAGAAAACAGAGAGAGGUGGGAGGAGGCACAACUCCUGGGUCCAAACAUAAAGGAGCUCUUUCGGCUGGUCGAAGACUUCGUGGACGUCAUCAGUCUUCGAAUGAAAGAUUUUCAAGACACAUAUGAGGUCACAGACAACCUUGUGCUGAGCAUCCAUAAGCGUCCUGUGGCGGGAACUACAGACAUCACCUUUCCCAUGAAGGGUUGGAGAGGAAUGGUGGACUGGGCUCGAAGCUCUGACGACAAAGUUACUGUCCCCAAAAACGUCAUUGCCACUGGAAAGCCUGAGGCAGAUGAGUCCUCAGCGUUUGUGACUGGAAUUGUUCUCUACAGAAAUUUAGGCAGCAUCUUAUCCCUCCAGAGAAACAGUACAGUACUAAACUCCAAGGUGGUCUCUGUGACAAUUAAACCCACCCCAAGCUCCCUGUCUGUACCCGUGGAAAUUGAAUUCUCACAUCUGUACAACGGUACGACCAACCAAACUUGCAUAUCAUGGGAUGAGAGCGACAGCUCCUCGCUGCUCGGAUCCUGGUCUGCGCGAGGCUGCAGAGCUGUGCCUGUCGACUCCUUCAGAACCAAAUGCGUGUGUGACAGACUGUCCACCUUCGCCAUUUUGGCACGGCUAAAUCCCGAUGUGAACAUGGACAAAACACAGCUGCCUUCUGUAACCUUGAUCGUGGGAUGUGGGGUGUCUUCACUCACUCUCUUGCUACUCAUCAUCAUUUACGUCUCAGUAUGGAGGUACAUCCGUUCCGAGCGUUCCGUCAUCCUCAUCAACUUCUGUCUUUCCAUCAUCUCGUCCAACGCGCUCAUUCUCAUUGGACAGACGCAAACACGCAACAAGGUUGUGUGCACUCUUGUGGCUGCUUUCCUACACUUCUUUUUCCUGUCCUCGUUCUGCUGGGUUCUGACAGAGGCUUGGCAGUCCUACAUGGCUGUGACAGGCCGUCUUCGGAACCGCAUCAUUCGUAAACGCUUCUUGUGUUUGGGCUGGGGCCUGCCUGCUCUUGUGGUGGCCAUUUCUGUGGGAUUCACCAAAGCUAAAGGAUAUGGCACUGUUAACUACUGCUGGCUGUCUCUGGAGGGCGGACUGCUUUAUGCGUUUGUGGGACCAGCUGCAGCUGUAGUUUUGGUUAACAUGGUUAUCGGGAUUCUCGUUUUUAACAAACUGGUGUCCAAAGACGGCAUUACUGAUAUGAAACUGAAGGAGAGGGCUGGUCAGGUGACAGUCCCACUGUACAAUAUGACGCUCAAAUGUGCCAAGUGCGGAGUAAUCUCGUCGGCUGAUGUUUCCACCACAGCUACCAGUAACGCCAUGGCGUCGCUGUGGAGUUCCUGUGUGGUUUUGCCGUUGUUGGCCCUGACCUGGAUGUCUGCAGUACUAGCCAUCACUGACCGUCGCUCCGCCCUCUUCCAGAUCCUCUUUGCUGUCUUCGACUCUCUCGAGGGUUUUGUUAUUGUUAUGGUCCACUGUAUCCUACGCAGAGAGGUCCAGGAAGCAGUGAAAUGCAGAGUAGUUGAUCGUCAAGAAGACGCUAAUGGAGACUCUGGCGGAUCUUUCCAGAAUGGUCAUGCCCAACUCAUGACUGAUUUUGAGAAGGAUGUUGACAUUGCCUGCCGAUCAGGCACCUUGAAGCGUUCCUCUUUGCAGGGUGAAGAGAAACUGGCCCCUCAACAGCUCACCCUGCAGAAGGGCUCCAACUUCAACACACUACCUGCCAGCAUGGCCAAAGUCCACCUGCAGAAUGUGGCCGACUACGCCAGUCACACACUCACCCUACGAAGAGACAAAGGGGGUGUUGCUGGGGUUAGCACCGAGCUGCCUGGGGCCAAGUCCAUCUACAUAUGUGACGGAGAGCUCUUCAAGCAGCUGGACGGAACCCAGGGAGACAGCACUGGACCUGAAGGUGGAGGAACCGGUCAAGGCUACGUCAUCCUCCCCAAUAAUAACAACACAGCCACCCUGAGGCCUGCCAAGGCAAACAAGGAAGAGCCCGCGACCAAGUAUAACAUCAGCAUCGAACAGCUUCCCCAGACCCGUCUCAUUCACCUGAGUAAUCCGGCCGGAACCGAGCCCGUGCCCGGCUUCGGGCUGAAGAGCUUGCCGGCGGAUCACGUAAGUGUCUCCUGCUCCGAUCGGGAUUCGCCCGUGCAGAACGUCCAGAACAUCUCCGCCGAAUCCCAAAUGAACAACAACGUCUGCGAGCCCGGAGACUCUGGCAAUUCUGGGAUGAUGUCGAAGAGCGAGACAGUUUCUACUCUGUCAAUGAGCUCCCUAGAGAGGCGAAAAUCCCGUUAUGCUGAGCUGGACUUUGAGAAGAUCAUGCACACGAGAAAACGUCAUCAGGACAUGUUCCAGGACCUGAACAGGAAACUGCAGCACGCAGAGAAGGACAGGGAGUCACCACCUGUGGACACAAAGGCUGGAAAGAGAUGGAGUGUUUCCUCUGGAGGCAGUGACAAGACCAACCUGAGUGACAAACAGCAGACGCCCAGUAAGAGGGCCUGGGAAGGUAUAAGGAAGACCCAUUCCCCUCCUUCAUGGGUGCGGAAGGAUCUGGAACCUUUGCAGGCCUCUCCCCUGGAGUUGCAGGCAGUGGAGUGGGAGAAAGCUAGUGCUACCAUCCCUCUGAUGGGUCAAGAGGUCAUGGAUCUGCAGACAGAGGUCUGA